AUGUACCGAACCGGUACUGAUCGGUGCCAUCACCCCUUGAUCCUGUCAGGGGUCUCCCUCGCUCCCGAGAACUGCGCCGCCGGAUCCUCCACCCAGUGCGAGCAAGACAUUGAAGCAGCCCUCGACGAAGUCCUCAAACACGUGAGCAAGCCUUCUGCCAAGCCCCAGAGCCGGGCCGAAGUCCCUGGAGAGGUAGUUGCCCACUCAGUAGUAUGGAAGCCUAAUGUUGUCGUCCCUCAGAGGCGGUCCCGAGAGGUCGUCGAUGUCACCGAUAUCAAGGAGCUUCUUGCGCACCUUCAGAAUAACAGCACAGAACGUAUCACGCACGCAAAACGAAGGGCUCACCCCAACUACAUCAAGCAGAAUGCAAACUGGCCCAGACGGCUUCACAGAGGUGCGCCGUCGAGGGCGACCUCUUGGGGGCUCGAAAAGCAAAGAGAGUUCACCCUGUUGAUCAAGCGACCGAUCUCUGAAGACAGUGCACCACGAUCGCAUUUAUGCUGCAGGAGUAGCGACGUCGUGUCCACAUUUGGAGAGUUCGGUGAAGCUCCAACGUCAGCAUCACAGCGUAAGCCGUUUUUGGAGAAGACCCGAGCACCAGCCAGUGACCAUCCCACUGGCCCUGGUUGCAAGUCCCACACAGCUAGAGAUACCAUCAUGUCAGAGCCUCAAGGUUGA